AUGUAGUCUGUAAACAAUUAGGAUAUCUACCAAUGGGUGGAAGAGCAAGGUCUGGUAGCGAUCAUUUUGGUCCAGGAGUUGGUCCAAUACUGAUGGCUAGUGUUGAUUGUACUGGUAAUGAGGAAUCAUUAAUAGAGUGUAGGACAAGAUCAUGUGAUGCCACUACUUGCUCUCAUUACAAUGAUGCUGGGGUCACCUGUGAACGUAACUGUACUGAUGGUGAGAUUAGGUUAGGUGAUGAUGCUGUCCUAAGGGGAAGAGUUGAAGUGUGUAUUAAUAGCAUAUGGACUACAAUCUGUGCUAGCUAUUGGACUGACAAAGAAGCUACUGUAAUUUGCUCUCAGCUUGGAUACUCACGCUAUGGUGCAGUGGCUACUCGUGGGAUGUUUAUUGAUUAUGAGUGGCCAAUUGGCAUCUAUAAACUAAACUGUACUGGAGAUGAAGCAAACAUAUGGAACUGUAUGUAUCAUAUGAAUAGCAAUACACAUGGACUUGAUUGCUCACGAGGCACUGAUGCAUCAGUAUUCUGCAUGUUUAAUAAUACACAGUAUGUUAAUUGUACUAAUGGUGAUGUUAGACUUGUUGGAGGUGACAUAAUGAAUGAAGGCAAUGUACAAAUAUGCUAUAAUAAUGCAUGGGGAUCAGUAUGUGAUAACCAAUGGGACACUAGUGACAGUAAUGUGGUAUGCUAUCAAUUAGGACUACAACCUUUUGGAUCACAACCUUUUACUAAUAAUUAUUUCAGUGUCAGUGACAAUCCUUCAUUUGUGAUUGGAGCCUUAUCUUGUUCAGGAUCAGAGGAAUCAUUGUUAGAUUGUUCAAGGCACACAACUUCUGGUGCAUCAAUAAACUGUCAGAGUUAUGAAGUUGCUGGAGCUCGCUGUAUUGGUUAGCCA